AUGCCGUCCCUGUCCAAUGUGGCUGACGUUUCUACCACACGUAUGAGCGUGACUUGCAAGAACGCGUCGCGUCAACCGCUGGCAGCCGAACGCUUCGCGGGCGAGGUCCACCUGUCCGAAGAUGAGGAACCACUGCUGACCCCCUCACAACGUCGAUUCGUCCUGUAUCCUAUUCAGUAUCCUGACAUCUGGAAGAUGUACAAACAGGCCCAGUCCUCCUUCUGGACCACGGAAGAGAUCACGCUCUCUCAGGAUAUCUGGGACUGGAAGAAUCGCUUGAACGACAACGAACAACACUUCAUUUCCCAUGUCCUUGCCUUCUUCGCCGCAUCGGACGGCAUUGUAAACGAGAACCUCGUAGAGCGCUUCUCGAAUGAAGUACAGUUGCCCGAAGCACGCUCUUUCUACGGCUUUCAAAUCAUGAUGGAGAACAUUCACUCGGAGACGUACUCUCUGCUGAUCGACACGUACAUCAAGGAUGCCGGCCAGCGCGAGUAUCUAUUCGACGCGAUAGAUACGAUUCCAUGCGUCAAGAAGAAGGCCGACUGGGCCCUACGCUGGAUCUCAGACAAGCAAUCAACGUUCGCGGAGCGUCUUGUUGCUUUCGCCGCCGUUGAAGGCAUCUUCUUCUCUGGCUCUUUCGCAUCUAUAUUCUGGCUCAAGAAACGCGGCUUGAUGCCCGGCUUGACAUUCUCGAACGAACUUAUCUCUCGCGACGAGGGCAUGCAUACAGAUUUUGCAUGUUUGCUGCUUUCGCAUCUGCGGCGGCGACCACACCCGAAUGUCAUUCGCAAGAUCAUCAUUGAAGCUGUCUCUAUCGAGAAGGAGUUCCUUACUGUCGCUCUGCCCGUAGACCUCAUCGGCAUGAACGCCACGCUCAUGUGCCAAUACAUCGAGUUUGUCGCCGACAGACUGCUGGCGGCCUUGGGUAAUCCCAAGCAUUACAAUACUGCGAAUCCAUUCGACUUCAUGGACAUGAUAUCUUUGCAAGGCAAAGCCAACUUCUUUGAGAAGCGCGUCGCAGAGUACUCCAAAGCGAGUGUCCGCAUGCCUGACCAGGAUAAUUCGCGCACAUUUACUACGGACGAGGACUUCUAA